AUGUUAGCUCCGAAUUUCCACCUCACUGUCCCGCCGGAUCCCGUAGAGAAGGCCCCAACUUACUCCCCAGACGAGGUCCCGUCGUGUGGCGGCCACGGGACCCUCGAGAUUCUGGAGGUGACUCGCUAUCUUGAAAACCAUGGCAUCGAGUGCUGUAUUGUUGGCGUUUCCGCGCUGAUGUUCUACGGUGCCGGGCGUGCACGAGAUGAAUGGGAACUAUGUGUCCCCGAUGAUAAGGUCAGCGAGGCGGUUUCUCUUCUCUCCGAUGACUCAAUGGCGAGCAAAAUUCACGCCGUACCUCCAAUUCCGAUCCCGCAACCUUCGUCUCUAAGUCAUACAUAUUCUCGAUUCAAAGGGAGGGGCGUCCAUUUCUACUUUCUUAUUGUUCCUGCAUAUCACGCCCAUAUCCCAAGUGGACCCUUUCGCAUACGACGCAGUUUGAAUGGGGUACCAUAUCCAACAUUACAAGUCCUGAUGCAAAGCUUUUUGGACAUGAACGACGACGUAUCGCUGUGCGAUUGCAUUGACGGAUCAAACGUGUCAGAAGAGUGGGGGGUUCAAAAUCUCCAGUUAGACGGGACCAAUGACCUAGAAUGGACCCGGAGAAUGAAUAUCGGGGCUGCAGAUGCUGCAAGGGGGAGAGGGUGGUUAUUCGUGCAUUACUUCCCCACAUCAACAAUAAGCAGACGAGAACAUUGGGAAUCAAGGGUGCGAAGUAAGAAGGGGAGAUUGGGCUGGACAACUCCCGAUACUAUAUUCGACACGCGAUUUCGUCUUAAAGGUUCUCCUGAUCCGUGGACUCAGAAGCUCAUAUCAAAUUAG